AUAUCGAAAACACACAAGCUUCUAAUCAGAACAACUAUGGAGACUGUCUCUGUUUUGCUCUUCUUCUUCCUCUCCCUUCUUGUGGCAGAAGCCAGGACUACCUACGGGAGAGGUUGCGAAGAUUUCACCUGCGGAGAAUUCGACUUCAAGUUCCCUUUCUUUAGCACAACUAUGCCGUCUCGAUGCGGUCUUUUCAAGCUGAACUGCAGUGCAAAUGUCUCAGAGAUACAGCUUGUAGAAGAUGGGCGAUGGUAUAAAGUCAAGAGUGUCUCUCAAGCCAACACGAUAACCAUCACCGACCCGAGGCUUAACCAAAGCUUGACAACCGGAAGCUGCAGUGACUUGUCAAGCUUCUCUAUUCCAGAUUCGCCAUGGCUCAACUUGACCACUUUGUACAAAUGCAACAACAGUAGUAGGAAGAAUGGUUUCAGCUAUGCGAAUUGCAGAGGACAAGGAAGCAGCUUGUACUACAAUUUGACAGCUGGUCAUGAUGAUUCAGGGUGUUCACCUAUCAAGACUCCAGAGAGCUGGGUGCCUCCAAGAAAUGGGAACGAACAAGUUCCACUGCGAUGGGGAACCAAAGAACAAAAUGACUACCAUCAGGAGAUGAGGCUAGGAUUAGCUAUCGGAGGUCCGGUCAUCUUGAUAAUCAUCUUGGUGGCACUCUUUGCUAUCAUCCAUAGGAAUUACAGAAGGAAAGAUGGAUCAGAGCUCUCUAGAGACAACUCAAAAUCUGACGUUGAGUUUAGUCAUGUCUUCUUUAAGAUACCAAUCUUCUCCUAUAAAGAACUUCAAGCAGCAACAGACAACUUUAGUAAAGACAGAUUACUUGGAGAUGGAGGCUUUGGCACUGUGUAUUAUGGAAAAGUGCGUGAUGGACGAGAAGUUGCAGGUACUCCGGGAUAUGUGGAUCCUGAGUAUCAUCGGUGUUAUCAUCUAACUGAUAAAAGUGACGUGUAUAGCUUUGGAGUGGUGCUUGUCGAGCUGAUAUCGUCGAAGCCUGCUGUUGAUAUAAGCAGGUGCAAGAGUGAGAUCAAUCUAUCAAGCUUAGCUAUAAACAAGAUACAGAACCACGCGACCCACGAGCUAAUUGAUCAGAAUCUUGGAUAUGCAACAAAUGAAGGAGUUAGAAAAAUGACUACAAUGGUGGCAGAGUUGGCUUUUCAGUGCUUGCAGCAAGACAGUACAAUGAGACCCACAAUGGAACAAGUUGUGCAAGAGCUAAAAGGAAUCCAGAAUGAGGAGCAAAAAUGUCAUACCAACGAUCACAGGGAGGAGACAAUAACUCUGCACCCUUCGCCACCAGAUUGGGGUGAGGCUGCACUAUUAAAAAAUAUGAAAUUUCCACGUUCACCAAUCUCUGUGACUGACCAAUGGACAAGUAAAUCAACCACACCGAAUACGAGCGCCUACGAAUUCUAGGAUCCACCAGGUAUUUUUCUUUCUCAUUUGUUUCAAUGGAACGAUGUAAGCUGAGGCAGAGAGUUGUGAAGCAGUAGGUAUCGAGAGAAUGUACAUAGUGACAUAACUUGCACUAGUACCAAUCACCAAUUUCUAUGU